CCAAGCUGCAGAGGAGCCUGCAGGAAAAACAACACACAUUAACCAGCUUAAACGUCAUUUAUCGCAAACAAACAACCGAAACAAUAAUAGUCUCUUAUGAAUAAAUCACAGCAACAUUUUCAGAGGAAAUAUGGAGUUCCUGAAUUGGGACACUGAAGAUGUUGCAAAUUGGGUUGAGUCUAUAGGAUUUUCGAAAUACAAAGAUUGUUUCACCGAGAAUUUCAUCAACGGAAAGAAGCUCAUUCAUGUCAACUGUAACAACUUGCCAAAGCUUGGAGUCACAGAUUUCAGAGACAUCCUGGCCAUCUCCGCUUACGUACGCGAGCUGCUGGAGAUCACAGAGACCCCGUGGAACAACAGCAUCGCUGACCCCCGGCGGGACACCAUGGCCCUGUUCUUGGAAGUAAAGAGCCGCACGGGACGAUGGACCAACUCCCUCACCUACCAGCAGUUCCUGUACUACUUGGAAGACCCGGACGCCGAGCCGGAGGAUGACGAGAACAAGGACGAGAACGAGGACGAGGAUGACUUCGACGACGAGGAAAACCAACAAUAAAGAGCAAAAAAAAUAUAUAAAUAUAUAUAAACAACA